AUUCGGCUCCCCCCCACCCCAACUCAUACCUCGUAUUUUAGUUGUGCCGUACCCGAACAGUGGACGCUUGACCACCUCGCAUCUCCACUAUCCCUGGGCUGUGAUUGCUGAUUGUCCUCUGACUUCUCCUCCUUUGGUCGUCGCUCUCUCCUCUCUCUCGCUCUACGAUCAGCGAUUCGACCUCGUCGACCACCUGGCAUGUCCGACAUGAACGCUGAUACCCUCCAACAGCGCAUUCAAGCCGCUCGCCGCGAUGCAGAAGCUUUGAAGGACCGGAUAAAGCGAAAGAAGGAUGAACUUGCCGACACAACACUGCGCGAUGUGGCCCGGUCACGAGUCGACCAACUUCCCAGGCUUGCGAUGAAAACCAAGCGAACCCUCAAAGGCCAUCUCGCCAAAAUCUACGCGAUGCAUUGGUCCACGGACCGAAGACAUCUCGUCUCGGCAUCGCAGGAUGGAAAACUCAUCAUCUGGGACGCCUACACGACCAACAAAGUCCAUGCCAUCCCCCUCCGCUCCUCCUGGGUCAUGACCUGCGCCUACUCACCGUCCGGCAACUACGUCGCCUGCGGUGGCCUCGACAACAUCUGCUCCAUCUACAACCUGUCGGCGCGAGAAGGGCCCACGCGCGUCGCUCGCGAGCUCUCGGGCCACUCCGGCUACCUCAGCUGCUGUCGGUUCAUCAAUGACCGCCGCAUCCUGACCUCCUCCGGCGACAUGACCUGUGUCCUUUGGGACGUCGAGACGGGCGCGAAGAUCCACGAGUUCGCCGACCACCUGGGCGACGUGAUGAGCCUGAGCAUCAAUCCGCUCGACAACAACCAGUUCGUGUCGGGCGCGUGCGACGCGUUCGCGAAGCUGUGGGACAUCCGCGCGCAGAAAUGCGUGCAGACGUUCGCGGCGCACGAUUCGGAUAUCAACGCGAUUCAGUAUUUCCCGAACGGUAACGCGUUCGGUACCGGUUCCGACGAUGCAUCUUGCCGUCUGUUUGACAUUCGCGCCGACCGGGAAUUGCAGAGCUACACGAUCGGUGAGCCUGUUUGCGGGAUCACAUCGGUUGCUUUCUCAGUUUCAGGGCGUCUUCUCUUCGCUGGUUAUGACGAUUUUGAGUGCAAGGUUUGGGAUGUGCUUCGAGGUGAACGCGUGGGUACUCUACAAGGACACGACAACCGCGUGAGCUGCUUGGGUGUGAGCAAUGAUGCGAUCAGUCUGUGCACCGGGUCUUGGGAUUCAAUGCUCCGAAUCUGGGCCUAAGCCUUGCAUGGUCGUUUUCCUGAACCUCAUACAUACGACA